AGGAAAAUCAGAUUUGUACCCGUUACAUGGAACAAAUGGGUUUGUAUGAGAGCGGAGAUCUACGGGUGUGAUGAUGGAACGUCAGUAGAGACUAGGCUUGAGAAGAAAUUACGUGAGGUUGAAUCAAGGAAACUGGCGCUUGUUCCUUUGGUACCCAAAAAGAAAGUUGAAUUUGAUUGCGGUGACUAUGAAACAUGGGGACAUACCAACUACUUGAAAGUGAACCUAGACAAAGGAAAGAGUACUUGGUACCAGAAAGCAUACAAUGAAGACUUUGAACUGGUUGAAAAACGACUGACUUUAGCAACAAAUCAGUUUCCUAACGAUUUUGGCUCUCGUCAUUUCAUGUGUGUCGGUAGGACGCGGGAUGGUAUGGAAUUGUUUUGGCAACACCUGAUAGCUGCUCCAAGAGGUCCUCGAGCUCCCAAAUGGCUUUCUCCUAAUUCCAAGAUGACAACAAUGGAUUCAUCAGAUGUCCCGCAAAUUAUUGUAAUUCAACGUUUCGACCCGGCAUACGAUGGCGGUAUUCCUGUUUGGUCUGAGCCUGCAACAGUUUAUGCUAGCGGUAAUAUUGGUCAAAUUGCUGUCUACGUCAUUGGAAUACCAUAUUAUCCUAUCACUAUUCAUAACUGUUUGAUUGAAAAUCGCCUUCUCGAUUGGCACUUCACGAUUCUUGGAAACGUUCCAAAGAAUGACUACAGAGCAUGCUCACGCCUUGCUUUAUCACGUGGCUAUGAGUACAUGUCAGUACUUGGAGGAACGAACUGUUUAUCUAGCUGGUAUCUGCCGCUGGCCACAUCCCCACACAGAUUGCGAGACAAAGGCCAGUGUCGACUUUAUCCUAAAGUAUUCUUUAUAAAUGCCACAUUUGAAGAAUACCAGAUUACCUGGUCCAAAAAGAACCGAGAAUCAGAUGAUGACGACCAUUGGAUAAAACUUCAAUCUUACACUAUCAAACCAAGAUUCAAAACUAGUCCUCACAUUGCUACAAUCGGUGAUGAACCCAAUGAAUACACAGAGAAAAUGAAACGAUUCAGUGAUGGCGGUCGUUAUCGUACAUUUGAUAAACCACUUUUUGGUGAUACAUACACUGGGAGUCACGUGAUGGAAAUCAUGGAUAUGACCGUGGAGGAUCUUGGGAGUUACAAGUUUGAAGUUUUCGUACCAAGUAGAGGACUGAGGAACGAAGCAACAAUCGAGCUUCGCCACGAAAAGGAACCACAAAUAGAGUUACCUGCGUUUUACCAGGCAUGCGAGACCGUUCCUGGUCCAAUGACAGUCAAAGAGACAAACCGCGAUCUGAUCGAUCCUGAGGCUUGGACUGCACAGUGGUUUCUUACCCUUCUUGUUGGAUUUAAAGUUAAAUAUCGAUAUUCAUCUACAACAAGAUAUGACUACGUGACUAGUGGUAUAUGGAACGAAACAUUCACAUGGACCGAGCCCAGCCCAUAUGCAAAUGGUGAAAACUUCGAAGUGUUCGUGGAAAAUCGCUACGGAUUUGCAACAGCACUGGCACAAAUUGAUGUCUUUAAGAAAGAAGAAACUCCCGCUAUCAUGUGGAUUACUCCCUCGCCUUUUGAAGCUAUAGAGGGAAUCAACCAAAUACUAGAAGUCAAGAUAACAAAUGAAAAACAGCUGCAGUCGGUCAAAUGGUAUCACGAUGAUAGACCAAUAGAAUCAGCCACCGAUCGGUAUGGUCUUCCAGAAUCAUCAGCGGGAGUACACAAGAAGCUGAAACUAAUAAAAAUCGACGAUAAAACAAAGGGCAAAUAUAAAGUAAUAGUAGAAGGAAAAGCUUGUAGUUUUGAAAGAACAAUCGUUGUUAAAGUCAUAGUAAUUCCAAGAGUUUACUUCAACCCACGUGAAGACUUUAUCAUCGCUAAAGAUACAGAUAAAGAAGUUCUAUUUAAUGCAACUGUGAAAGGAGGAAACCCCAAACCAAAGAUUCAACAAAUGUCAUGGAAAAAAGGUUCAAAAACUCUAAUAUCUUCGUAUGGUGGAAGAAUUGCGCUCUAUUCCACACUAGACGAGMAUUUGAACUGGUUUAGUGUACUGAAAAUAAGACAACUGCGUCCUACAGAUUCUGGAGAGUAUAGUUUUGAGCUUGUAACAGGACCUGCACUUACCAAAAAGACCUGGAGACUGAGUGUCCGCUCAACAAAAUCUGACAUGCCGACACAGAAUACGACAAUUGCUGCAACAGCCCCUCAAUCUGCUGCCUCUAUACCUAAAAGCCAUUUCCUUAUUUCUAGGAUUCUGAAUUUCAUACCAGUGGUAUAUUAUUUUGUCAUGAAUAUUUGA